AUGGAUUCAAAUUCAUUGCAACAGGCUUUAAAGUUGUUGGUUGGCUUUAGGUUUAACCCUACCGACCAAAUACUCAUGGAGCAUUAUCUUUACAAUAAGAUUCAUUCCCUUCUUUAUUCUACACUCGUUGUUUUUUACUGUGAUCUCUACGGAGAUUUAGAGCCUUGGAAAAUUUGGAAUUCCUAUGGAGGUGUUGAUGGCCAAGACCUCUAUUUCUUUACGAAACUCAAAAGGUCCAUCAAUAGUUCGGGACAAUUAUCUGUCCAUGUCAAUCGCAAGAUCGGCUUGGCUGGCGGUACAGGGAGGGGUGAGAAGUCAACCACUCCGAUUUCUGGAAGUAACGUCCCAAUAAUUGGCUACUGCAGGCGAUUAAGGUACGAGAAUUCUCAAUUACUAGAACAUCAUGGUGAAUGGAUCAUGCAUGAGUAUAGCUUGCAUGAGAGUGUGAUCACAUGUGGUUAUUCAGAUCCAAAAUAUGUAUUGUGUCGGAUUAGAAAGAAUGAAGGACCCAAAAGAAAAGCAUUGGGAAUAUGCAAUAUUCAACCUACGAAGAAGAGAGUUUUGGCACCUGAGAUUCAUGAUACAAGGAAGAUUAACCAAAGACGACCAACAAGAAAAGCAAACAAAAUUUUGCUUGAGCAAUUAGGAGAGCAGAGUGUCGUGACACCUAAUAUGGUAUGCCACAUGGCUUGUGAUCCUAAAAUGACCACCAACCAAAUUCCUCAUGAUGUGUCCUACUUGGCUUUGACGACCACCGAGAAAGGUAUCGGUGAUAUGCCUCAGCCUGAGAUGACCAUCAACCAAAUUACUAGUGACAUGCCUUAUGCUCAAAAUAUGAACAUUAUGCCUCACAUGCCUGAAAUCACCACCAAUACGAUGGAAACUAAUGACGAGAUACAAUGGAGUGAAGUAUUAAGUUUUGAUUUCAAUGAGGAAGAUAUUGAAAACACAAAAUAUCAUAUUCAACAAAUUUAG